AUGAGUGACGCAGGAAGUCUUCUAGAGGUCAUUGGUGCAAGGAUAAGUGGGGGAAUAAACAAAAAAGCCUUUGUGUUGCUAUACAAAGCCACUGACAAACCAGACGUGAAGGAGUUCCAUGAAAACUGUGAUGCAAAAGGUCCGACAGUGACACUCUUGUAUGGAAAAUAUAAUACCCUAUUUGGCGGCUAUACGUCUAAAAACUGGAGUUCAAACAAAAGCAGAAAGGUUAAAGAUGAAAAUGCAUUUUUAUUUGCAAAAUACGAGAAUGCUGGUGCAAAAUGUAUCUUUCUCCCUAUUAAGAAAAAGAAGGCAGAAAUUGCAAUCACAUGUGACUCAAACUUUGGUCCAACAUUUGGGGGAGGCACACUUGUGAAUUACGACCUUCAAGCAUUCAAAAAAGAUGGUUCCACACCUAAAGAUAAAGGGUCCACACCUAAGGAUAAGGAGUCCACACCUAGGGAUGGGGAGCCCACAGCCAAAGAUAAAUACAUGCUUCUGAAUGGCUCGUUAAAUGUAAACUCCGCCUAUGGUGUUGAACGCAGUCCUGGAGACGUGAGUGGCGCUCAGGGUCUUGGUACACCUGAAUAUGACCGUGAACAAGAAAAAAUUAAAACGAAAGAUAUAAAUUCAGGACAAAUGAUAGUAAAAAGAAUUGAAGUGUACCAGGUUGUAGAUGACGAACUAUCAGAAAUGUGGUUGCCAAUAUUGGAGGGUGAAGAAUUCAUUCGUAAGAAACAGAAACUUAUCGAAAUGGAACCCCGUCCUGAAUUAAAUAUCAAACAGUAUAAUAUAUUGCUCAUAGGAGUAAUUGGAUCCGGCAAAUCUAGUUUCAUUAACACUCUGUCAACCGUGUUUUCAAGAAAAGUUGCACAAGUUGCUCCUGCCAGACAAUCUGAAACAAGUGUUACAAGUAAGGUAAAGGCCUAUGUCCUAAAAUCAGAAAAGGGGGAGCCAUUGAACAUACGAAUUUUCGAUGUUCGAGGAUUUGAAGAUGAAAGAGGUUAUGACGAUGAACUUGAGCUUCUUCUGGAUGGCAAGUUACCUAUUGGAUAUGAAUUUCAAGAUAAUCCCGAACUCAAUACUAUACCUGAGAAGAAGGAAACAAAACCAAUGUUAGAUGAUAAAAUACACAUUGUCUGCUUUGUGCAUGGCAAUCAGAACUUCGAAACGCUCACAACUCAACUGAAUGAACGCUUUAAUUCCAUAAAAAAGACAAUCUCCAGGAAAGAUUUACCGAUGGUUGUUGUUGCAACGAAGUAUGAUAAGAUCUGUCCAAAAAUCGCAAGGGAUAUCGAUCAUAUUUAUAAAAGUCCUAAAGCUGAAAAUGCUGCAUUGAAAACAGCUGCCUUCUACGGAGUGGUUACCAAUCAUGUGUUUCCUGUUGUUAAUUACGUCAGUGAACAAGAAACGAAGGACGGAAUAGAUAAACUAGCACUGAAAGCUUUGUAUGAAAUGUGUCAAUUGAUAGAAGCCCAUUUAGGACAUCACGAAGAUAUUGUGGAAACACCGGAUGACUGGACAGAGCGCGAAAAAUUGUUACCAGUUUUGAGCAAUUCUACUGAGAAGGACGCCGCACUGGUGAAAAUACAUGAUAAACUGUCGGAGUUGGAUAACAAGAAGUUGUUAAUCCUUAUGGUUGGAACUGUAAACUGCGGAUCGACUCCCUGUCAUCCGCUCUCAUAA